AUGUUAGCCCCCUUAUCUACAAGGAUAGGCCACAGCCUGGCCUGGUUUUUGCAGAUAGACCUGAAUCUGGGCCACGAUGCUAAGGAGGCUCCAAUUCCUAGAGUGGUAGAGGGUGAUGAUGGGGGCGGUCUGGGGACAUCAUAUAUUGAGUAUGAAAGAUAUAAUCUAAAAUGGUUGUAUGGAGACUUGGUCACAGGAAUCACGGUGGAGUGUGUCAUAAUUCCUCAAGGGAUGGCAUAUGCUAAGAUCACGCUCCUCCCUGUUGAAUUCGAUAUCUCAAUCAGUCCAGUAGCCGUAAUGUCCACACUAGUCAGCAACAUCUUAUCUAAAGCGCCAAAAAAUUCGAAAACUUUCCCCUAUUUAAAGGAUGAUAUCACUUCUUUCGUAGCCCUGGUUUGCGGUGGGAUCGUGAGCGUAAUGGGCCUUCUCCUUCCCAGUUUCAAUGUAGAAUACAUUACUCUUAUAGCAAUUAUCUCAUUCAUGACCAGCUCUGCUAUUAGUAUCGCAACGGGGCAGGUCUGCUCCCUGCUUGGUCUCUCCGGAUUUAAUACUUGUGACCCUACGUACAAGGGUAUUAUCAAUAUCCUAAAGCACCUUCACACAGCACAGUUGGAUGUGGCAAUGGGAUUAACCACCUGGUUCUUAUUGCACCUCAUUCAUUGGAAUACCAGCACCUACUUACAGAAGAGAUACCCGAGUCAUAAGAAGAAAUCAUGGUUUUUCAUCUCCACCUUGAGAACAGCAUUCCCAAGCCUGCUGUACACUGUAAUUACCUGGCUGGUGAAUCGGGGACAUGCCCCCAAGAAAGUACUUUUCAAGAUCUUCGGAACUGUCCCUUCCGGGUUCAAGCCCAUGGGUGUUCAAAAGGGAAAGGCCAAGAUUUUUAAAGUUUUCAUAGAUGAUUUGCAGGGGGCGGUUAUUGUACUAUUAUUGAGCAUAUUAUAUGCGAUUUUGAAUUCGUUUGGUAGAAUAAACAACUACUACAUUAACCCAUCUCAGGAACUUAUCGCGAUCGGGUCAAAAGCCGAUGUGCGCACACCCUUCGCUGGAUCCUCCACUGGUAUUGUCAUCCUACUGGCUAUUUACCUCCUGACCUCGGUCGAUCUGAUCACCCCCCUCAAUGCAGUGUACAAAUUCUGGUGCAUCUCCCCUCUAGAAGUGGUUGUCUUCUUCGCGGGUGUCAUUGUGAUGGUAUUCACGUCCAUUGAGAAUGGAAUCUAUGUUACAAUUGCGCUGUCUGCUGGCGUUAUGUUGUUCAGGAUUGCGAAGGUGAAGGGGUGUCUACUGGGUAAAGUUCAGGUCCGCUCGGCCACGGGUGCUAGUCUAUAUAGUGGCAGCGCUGCAAAGAAGACUCUGGGGUGCAGUCUUGAUGACAACAGUGCUAGAAACAUUUACUUACCAUUGGAUCUGGCUGACGGCUCAAACCCAAGCUUAAGGGUCGUAAGCCCAUAUCCAGGAAUCUUCAUUUACCGCUUCUCAGAAGGCUUCGUCUACACCAACGCCUCCCACUACACCGAAAACCUCCGUGACAAUCAUCGAUGCGGGAGACCAGGCCUGGAAUGA